AUGUCCCCGCCGGCUCCCCCCGCGCUGCUGCUGCUGCCUCCCCCCCCCGCGGACGCGGGCUCGCGCCGGGUGCUGAUCGCGGCUCGCUUUGCGGGGCCGCCCCCCCCCGCGCUGCGCGUGGUGCGCUCCGGAGCGGGGCCUGCUCUGCGCACCCCGCAGGGGGCGCUGCUGCGCGGGCCGGGCCCCGCCGCGCUCUUCCUGAGCCCCCCGGCGCUGCUCGGGGGGAGCGGCCCCGCCCCGCGCGCGCUCGUCCGCCAAUGGGUGAGCUUCGCCGAGCGAGAGAUCGCGCCGGCCGCGACCAUCGCGGCGGGGGGGAGCGCGCAGGCCCGGGCACGGGCGCACCAGGAGCUGCUCCGCGCUCUCCGGGCCCUCGAUUCCCACCUCCGGGACCGCACGUUCCUGGUGGGCGAUGGGGUCACCUUGGCCGAUGUGACCGUGACCUGCGCCCUGCUGGGGCCCUGCCAGCGCGUCCUGGAUGCCGCCACCGUUGCCACUGUCCCCAGCGUCAGUCGCUGGUUCAAGACCUGUGUGCGGCUGCCCCAGUUCCGUGAAGUGCUGGGAGAUGUGGGGCUGUGUGGGGACGAGGCCUCUGCCCCACAGCGUGAGUGCCAUGGGGUGGGUGUGGGGCUGGGGGUGAAUUGGGCUGGAGAUGCAACUUAG